ACUCUUAAACAAUCACCAGAUUAUUGUAUGUACAUAGGAGACAAAAGCAACCAAAAAGAACAUUGCUUUACUUUGAUAAAGAGCACGUCCUCUUCAUCUCUCUGUAUUAAAAAGGAUCUAGAAGAGACUCGUUAUGUCACCUAAAAUAAAGAUGGUUUAAGGUAAUGUAUUUCCAAAUACUUCGCUUGAGAAGGAUAUAGUGCUUGGACUUGUAUUAUUUGAAAUCAAUCAUUACAACGGCACAUUUCCUCAAGCUUCCCAAUGAGCCAUGUAUUUUUAGUCCUUUGAAAUAACUGAUUUUCAACAGUAUUUACAAUCAAGCUUGCAGGGAUCUUACUUGACUUUGAUGCAAAGUCAUGCUGGCUGGUUUUAUUAAAGAAAAAUAUCGCAGUGCAGAGGAGAGGAUGCUAAAAGCCAAAAGAUCACGUCAAGAAGGUAAAACUAACCCCAACUGUCAUUUGUUAGAUAUUUUUUGUCUUAUGCUCAAAAUGCUAGAACCUGCUAGUCAACCCAAACCAGUUGUCCAAAACUGCGUGACUGAAAAAUAUGUCUCAAAUAAAAUAGCUGUACAAAAUGAUUGUAAUGCAACUCUUGCUAAAAUUGAAAACGCAGUUUAUGGUCCAAUCAUUUAAAAUGCCUUCUGCAUUUUUUUAUUUUGUAUUGUUUUAGAAUACUGUUAAAAUGUUCAGCAUUUGUAGCAAUCUUUAAGUCAUGGUUACAAAAAAUAAAUUGACCACCUCAGCUUGAGUUGCAUGACUUUUGCAGUGAAAUAUUAGUUUUGCAUGAAUGAUUGUCCAACUUUUACUACAUGUAGUUGUCAAAAGCACUUGCACAUGGGUCUAAUUUGUAUUUCCGUCCCCAGGUAUUCCGAGUUAGUCCCUCUGGCUUUGAGAAAGGCAUUGGACUUGAGCUGAAUGUCCUCAUGGGUGAUUUCCUACAGUUUGAUCAGUUUAAAGAAAGAGUAGCGCUCAGACACACAAACAUACAAGAUGAAGAGAAACGUGGGGGUGUCUGUGAUGGCAGGCGGACGGAGAGGGGUCAACCGCACUGCUUACUGCAGGUCUCCAAUAAACAGUGAGCCAGGCUCGGUCAGCAAUGGCAACCACUCUACCAGCUCCCCAGUCACAGGGGUUUGCUCUCGGACAAGGAAUGGCUCGGGCACGAGCCUAUCCAGUCCCCCGUUGGCAGCCCAGACCGUGGUUCCUAUGAAGCACUGUAAGAUCCCAGAGUUAUCCAUGGACACAAAUGUUCUGUUCGAGCUGCACUUGUUCUUCUGCCACCUUAUCGUCCUCUUUGUCCACUAUGUCAAGAUCUACAAGACUGUGUGGUGGUACCCCCACUCACACCCUCCCUCACACACACCUCGCUGGUUCGGGAUGUACAUUCCCUUUUUCCGGUUUAACUGCUACUUCUGCCGGGUGGGGCCACUCUCGCCCAUCACUCGCAUUGGGUCGAAGGAGCUGGGCAGCGUGGGGAGCGGGCGUGACUACAUAACGGCUCUGAAGGAGACGUGGAAGCAGCACACCAGCCAGCUGUACGGGCUCCAGGCCAUGCCCACACACGCCUGCUGCCUCUCCCCAGACCUCAUCCGCAAAGAGGUGGAGUACCUGAAGAUGGACUUCAACUGGAGGAUGAAGGAGGUGCUGGUCAGCUCCAUGCUCAGUGCCUACUACGUGGCCUUCAUACCUGCAUGGUUUGUUAAGAGCACACAAUACGUGGCCAAGCGUUGGUCCUGUGAGCUCUUCGUCCUGUUGUCUGUCAGUACCUCAGUCAUCCUCAUGAGGCACCUGCUGCCCCCACGCUACUGUGACCUGCUCCAUAAGGCCGCAGCACAUGUAAGUACUACUAGUGAGGAGGCAUCACGGCCUGAGGAGCACAAUGUAUUCCCAGAUAUUUGCACCCAUCUGGCUUCCAAGAGAAAGGACAGACUAAACUCUGCUCAUCUGAUAGCUGGCUAUUUAAUUAACAGACGAGCGUUAGAUUUACAAAGUUUUGCUUUGUAUCUAUUUGAACCAUCUUCUCUCUUUUCUCCCUACAGAUGGAUGGAAGAGUACAUGUGGCCCCAGGGUGUCCUGGUCAAACACAAUAAAAAUGUUUACAAGGCCAUAGGGCACUACAAUGUAGCUGUCCCCUCAGACGUCUCCCACUAUCGCUUUUAUUUUUUCUUCAACAAGCGCUUACGAAUAUUGAACAUCCUCAUCAUCUUGGAAGGUGCGAUGAUAUUCUACCAGCUCUACUCAUUGAUAUGCUCAGAAAAGUGGCAUCAGACGAUAUCCUUGGCUUUAAUUCUCUUCAGCAACUACUACGCCUUCUUCAAGCUUCUCAGAGACAGAAUAGUCUUAGGCAAGGCAUACUCAUACUUCAAUAGCUCACCCGACCAGAAGUUAAGUUAAAGACUUAAGUUAUUGUUGGUCAUUUGUCUUGGAACAGGAAAACACGCACGAGAGUUUUAUUUUUCUACAACUGUAUUUUGUGUCACUGUUUUUGUUCUGAGCUGCCAUAAUAAAAAAUAAACAUAUUUUUGUAUUCCUUUUAAA